AUCCGGUUAUUUUUCAAUUAUUUUAAAAGAAGGCGAUUGACAACUUAUCUAUUGUAUUUUUUCACCUUGAUGAUUUAGACGGCCACUUUUCUGUGUUAGAACAUGGAGCGUAUAAUUAUCGUCCUCUGUUUGGUUCCCUGUAUGUUAGCAAUGACCACUCCAGCUGUCGACGUACUUAAAGUGUGUGAUCCUGUAGAUAUAGCAUUUAUAGUAGAUACAUCAUCAAGUUUAUGGUACAAACAUUUUAAGCUACAAAUAAAGUUUAUACACGACAUCGUUAGUCUAUGGGACAUUGGACCUGGGAAUCAACAAAGCAGAGCAGCGGCUGUUUCGUUUAGUAGUAGAUUGUUUCCUGAAUUUGGCUUUUCUGACUUCCAAAGUAAGAAAAGUGUGUUAGCUGCGGUAAACAACAUAACAUACGUUGCAGGGGACGCAACCCGGAUGUAUCUUGGAUUGGAAUACGCCCAUGACACCAUUUACGCUCCUGGUAACGGUGAACGCCCAAAUGUCCCAAAUGUUGUUGUUAUUCUUACUGAUGGUGUGACUAAUCCAGGCCAUUAUGACAAUUUCACGAGGGAUGUUGGUAAGAAACUGACACAAACACAAGCUGCACGAGUUAGAGAUCUUCCAGCCAACCUCUUUGCUAUAGGGAUCGGUAAUGACGUCGAUGAAAAUGAAGUGAGAGGGAUGGCCAGCAAACCUGCAGAAUCGUAUAGUCUAUUUGUUAACAAUUUUGAUGACCUUAAUUCAAAUUUUGUUAAGAAAUCAGUACUUCAAAAGGUUUGCGGAUCAUUACCACAGAAAAUAGAAGAAUGUAAGCAGACGAAAGCAGAUGUCUUUUUCAUGGUUGACGAGUCUUCUAGUUUGCAUCAACAUCAAAAUUUCCAAAAGGAACUUAACUUUGUCGCCUCUGUGAUUGACCAACUUGAGGUUGGACGCGAUGACGUCAGAGUUGGAAUGAUGACAUUCAGCAGCGACCCAAGAAUGUUGUUCCAGUUGAAUGACUUCAAAACAAAGGCACAGAUUGCUACCUUACUCAAAUCUAUUCCAUGGCGUGGUGGAGACACAUAUUUAGACAAAGCACUGAAACUUCUUAUGACAGAUGGUCUUGUGGCAUCCCAAGGGAGCCGAAACAAUGUGCCACAAAUAACGAUUGUUAUCACUGAUGGGCAAUCAACUAAUCCAAGAGAAACAGAGAAGAUGUUGGUUGAGUUACGCAGGAUGAACUUCAUUGUUUUUGCAAUAGGUGUUGGGCCAAACCGAGAUCCCACAGAACUACAACGCAUUGCAUCCGAUCCGUCAUAUGUACUUGAAGUGGAAAAUAUUGAUGACUUGGUUGAGAUAAGGAAGAAGUUAAUCACUCAACUGUGUCCAGGAGAUCGACCAGAACCACCUAAGCCAAUCACUUGCCAAGGAGCGAUUGCUGACAUCAUAUUCAUAGCUGAUAGUUCGACAAGCAUUGGUAUCACUGCCUUCAAUGACCUUAAGGAGUUCGCAAAAUCUGUGGUAAACAGAUUCACCAUCGGUCCAAACAACAUUAAGAUAGGUCUUAUCACUUUUUCUAAUGAUGCUGAAUUUCAGUUUAGACUCAAUACGUUUAAUGAUAAGGAUGAAGUGAUAAAAGCCAUUUCAAUCAUGCCAUACAGUACCGGAAAUACAAAUACACAUAAGGCUUUGGAAUUACUUAAUAAAUUUGCGUUUACACCUAAUUUUGGAGGAAGAGGAAAUAGAGUACCUAAAAUAGCUAUCGUUAUUACGGAUGGAUCAUCGAGACAGCCCACACUGACCAGAACUUUGGCUAUUAAGGCUAAACAGCAAGGAAUUAUGAUGUUCUCAAUAGGAGUUGGACCUUACAUAGACCAGAACGAGCUAGACAUCAUGGCGUCCAGUCCUACUUCAAUGUAUUCGUUUUCUGUUGAUAGUUUUGCUGCUUUGUCUUCAAUAGAAGGUUCUUUGGCUAAUAGGACUUGUACAGCUGCAGGACAAAGAAAUCCAUAAGAAGGAUACAUGUGAGCUAUAAAUAAAAUGGACUUCGAUGGGAUAGCAGCCUUUUCAAAACGACUAUACAAGAAUUCGGCUGUCACUACAUCUUAUAUCUAAAUAUUUAGCUUGUACCAAUAAAAUUAAUUAUCGUU